UUGGACGUGCCGCUGAUCUGCAAUGCAGCCUGGGAGCUGUCAUUUACUUGGCUUUGUGCUCCUGCCGUUGGAAGUUGCUGAUGUGACCGGGGUCGUUUUUCCGUACUGCGAGAAAAUCCAAGCACAGAUAAGAAUAUGUAGGAUAUGACUGAGCUCUGUGGACCCCCGAGGCUUGCUGGUCAAGACACACGGGCUGUUUGAGUCGGCUGACACGGGAGCCGGGCCCUUUGCUCCGGAGCCUAACGUUAUCAUUUCAACACACUCGGUAGCUAGCUGCUCAUAUUAUUCACGUUGUUUUGGUUCGUCAGACCAGACACAUGAUUGAAUGACAGUGGCCGACCCCUAUCACAGACCGUUGUUGGUGUGAUGUACAUAUGUGACCCUGGUGUUGCACAAUAGCACAAUAAUCUCCCAGGAGGAUGAAUGCAGAGGAAGUGGAGCUGCUCAGUGACUCCAAGUACAGGAACUAUGUGGCAGCAGUGGACAAGGCGCUCAAGAACUUUGAAUACUCCAGUGAAUGGGCAGACCUUAUCUCUGCACUGGGCAAACUCAACAAGGUUUUGCAGAACAAUGCGAAAUACCAGGUUGUUCCCAAGAAGCUGACGGUAGGCAAGCGCCUGGCCCAAUGCCUCCACCCAGCCCUGCCCAGCGGGGUCCACCGCAAGGCCUUGGAGACUUACGAGAUCAUCUUCAAGAUCAUUGGACCCAAGAGGCUUGCCAAAGACCUCUUUCUUUACAGCUCCGGGCUCUUCCCUUUACUCUCCAAUGCUGCUAUGUCUGUGAAGCCUGUGCUGCUGGGGCUGUAUGAGACGUACUACCUGCCUCUGGGCAAGACCCUGAAACCAGGCCUGCAGGGCCUGCUGACUGGAGUGCUGCCUGGUCUGGAGGAGGGCUCUGAGUACUACGACAGGACCAACACCUUGCUGGAGAAGGUGGCUGCAGCCGUGGAGCAGUCUGCCUUUUACAGCGCCCUGUGGGGCAGCAUCCUGACCAGCCCUGCCGUGCGUCUCCCGGGAGUGUCCUUUGUCCUGCUGCACCUCAAUCGCAAGCUCUCCAUGGAGGACCAGCUCUACAUCAUGGGCAGCGACAUCGAACUUAUGGUGGAAGCAGUCAGCACUUCAGUCCAGGACUCCAGUGUGCUGGUGCAGCGCAGCACCCUGGACCUGAUCCUCUUCUGCUUCCCCUUCCACAUGAGUCAGGCAACUCGUCCCGACAUGAUCAGGAUCUUGUCAGCAGCGCUGCAUGUGGUUCUAAGGAGAGACAUGUCCCUGAACCGCAGACUCUACGCCUGGCUGCUGGGCUUUGAUAACAACGGGGUGAGAACAGGGCCCCGCAGCACUAGGCAGAGCAACCCAGAGGAGCACGCCAGCCACUACUUCAACACCUACUCAAAAGACAUGCUGGUCCAGGCGAUGGUGGGGAUCCUGCAGGGGAAGGCCCGAGGUGGGGAGGAGGAAAGCAUCCUGAUGCAUGACCUCAAACCGUUUCGCAUCCUGAUCAGUCUGCUGGACAAGCCGGAACUUGGUCCGGCGAUCCUGGAGGAUGUCCUCAUUGAGGUUUUCCGGACUCUACACACACAAUGCCGCACAGAAUUGGAUCUCCAGAACCAGAAUCCAUUCAGCAAAGACCAAACACACCUCAGCAGCAAACUAAGAGAGAACAAGAAGACGGCAGAACUGAUUAAAACAGCCAAUCUCCUGUUCAACUCUUUUGAGCCGUACUACAUGUGGGACUACAUUGCCCGCUGGUUUGAGGAGUGCUGCAGGAGGACAAUGAACAGCAGCCCGCAUGCACCGCGGCAUGCUGGGAGUUCAGAUCCUCCGGAGCUCUCAUUGGUGGAGUUCUGUCAGCUUGUUGACUUCCUGCUGGAUAUUGUUUCCUUGCCUACUAGAAGCAUGAGGGUAAUCUGCCAGGAGACCUACAUUGAGAUCCAGACAGAGCAUCUCCCCCAGUUGCUGCUGCGCAUGGUGGCAGCUCUCACCUCCCAUCUCCAGGCUCUGGGCCUCGGGGAGCUCACUCACUGCCUUCGUCUCUGUUCCAAGAUCCUCAGCAAGGUACAACCACCACUGGUGUCUCCUUUGGCCCUACCCUCGGGCCCCCAGGCUCAGGGUCUCUCCAGUUCUGCCACAAGAGAAAAGACUGCAGACAAGGAGGACAAACGGGCCCUCCCUGCCACUCUGGAGUUGCCUGGAAGUGGAGAGGUGUUUGAGGAUGGGGAAAACCCUCCCAGCAGUCGCUCCUCAGAAAGUGGCUUCACAGACUUUGUUCAGUACCAGGCAGAUGGCUCUGAGGAGUCAGAGCGAACCCACCACUCCCACGCUUCCCUCAAGACGGGCCGUCGAUCCUCAGGCCCCUCUCAGGCCAAGCCUUUGGACAAGCCAGUGAUGCAGUGCUGCCUGGAGCACUUCCAGCAGUUUCUGUCCCGCCUUAUCAUCCUGUAUAUUGUCCCCAGGCAGGCGGACAGGGCUGGGGGGGAGAAAAGAGAGGUGGUGCGGUUGGGGCCUCUGGGUUCAGAGGACACCCAGCAGAAUGGACACAUGGAGAAGACAGAGUCAUGCUUAGGUGAUGGAUUGGGGACAAGCCAGAGGGAAUGUGUUCCUGCCUUUACCGCUGCCUGCCAGCUUUUCCUAGAGUGCUCCAGCUUCCCUGUGUACAUCGCUGAGGGAAACCUCAAGUCCUCACCCACACAAGAAGAACAGAAUGACAAUGAGCAGAUGCGUCCACCGGUGUGGUUGCAGACGCUGAUGGACGCCUGCUGUAUGGCUGGUGAGUUCAGCCUGCAGGGUGUGGCCAUCUCCCUGCUCAUGGACCUUGUGGGACUCACUCAGUCUGUUGCCAUGGUGACUGCCGAGAGUGUGGCAUCUAGCGGAGGCUCUGACACCACUCAGACCAUGAGUCCCAGCCAGGGCCGGGUUGCCGUCGUCAUCAGGCCACCACUCACUCAGGGAAUACUGAAGUACAUUGCCGACAAGACAGAUUUCUUCAAGAGUGUGGCCCUGAUCUUGUGGGACCAGUUGGGUGAAGGGACUCCUCAGCACCAUCAGCGCAGCGUGGAGCUCUUCUAUCAGCUCCACAACCUGGUGCCCUCCUCUGGCAUCUGUGAAGACGUCAUCAGCCAGCAGCUCAUGCACAAGGACAAGAGAAUUCGACUGGAGGCCCAUGUGAAGUUCUCUGUUCUGUGGCAUUUGACAAGAGAUUUGAACAUCACCAAAUCUGCUCCUUUUAACCGCACAUUUGACAGAUCUCUUUUCAUCAUGCUGGACAGUCUGAGUUAUUGGGAUCCAUCUGCCAGUGCUGUGGGCCGGGCCUGGCUGAACCAGGUGUUGCAGAGACAUGACAUUGCUCGGGUCUUGGAGCCUCUCCUCCUCCUCCUACUCCACCCCAAGACCCAUCGGGUCUCCAUCCAGAGGGUUCAGGCCCAGCGCCACUGGGCGCAGCCCUUUCCCAACCCAGCUGAACAGGACUCAUCAGAACCCGUCUAUACAAGAGACUCUGGCUUCUCAGACAACUUCAGCCAGAUCCAAGGGGAGAAUCUGCAGGGGGGACAAGAACACCUCCGAGGUGUACCUUUGGGUGACAUGGAGCCCUUCUGUCUGACCGUCAACCCCCUAAGUGACAGUCUGUCCUUACUGAGUCUGAGCAGUGAAAACCUCCAGCUGGCUGGUGAAUAUCAGCCAGCUGACCAACAGGGGGAGCACCAGAGCUCUGAGUCAAGUGGCUCCCAUUCAUCCACAGUAGACAAUGGCAGCUUUGAGGAGCCAGAUGGCGCCAACACUGUCGUCAAUGGCUCAAGCCAACACCCUGGGUCCACAGAUAGCAUGUCAGCAGAGGAUGAGGAUUCUAUAGAUGAGUCUGUGACCUGUGUUCUAGCAGAGCUGAUAGACAGGGUUGUAAGUGUAGUAGAAGAAGGAUCUGUUGAAAGCACAUCCCCACCUGAAGCCUGGCCGCAGACAGACUCAGACAGCACGUCCUCAGAUACCUCCACUGGUCCCCGUCUCGACUUGGGCCCUCAUCCUGGCUCCCACCACCAAACUCUGCCAGAGAUGCUGGCAGGAGGCACACUGGAGUUCCUGUCUGUCGCAACGGCUGAUAUAACUGUAGAGGAGCAGCACAGAGAGGGCAUCACGCGCCAUAGUUCAUCUCCUUCCAUCGUCACACUGCCGGACAGCUCUGGCCCAGCCACCCCAGACCACAGCCUGCAGGUGGAUGAUCCUCAGGCCCGCAAACGCAGUCACAGCAGCACCCAGCUCUCUCUGAAGGGGAAGAUCAUGGAGAGGUUGGCAGACAAAUCUCCAGGGGCCAAGCCUAAGAUCAAAAAGGCCAAAAGGAAAGAGGAGGAGAGGCUGAGGAAGGCAGCCAAUCAGGCUGAAAAGACCCGGCCACCCAGUAUUUUCUUUGGGGACAGCCUGGAUCUGGAAAACUGGUACAGCUGUGGGGAAGGUGAGGUGUCAGAGAUUGAGAGUGACACUGGUUCACCCAGUGGGGGUACCAGCAGUACUGUAGGGGGUGUCAGUGUCACAGGAGGCCGUAGAUCUUCCUCUGCGCCGCCACGUUUCAACAUCCAUCCCCUCUACCAACAUGUCCUGCUGUACCUCCAGCUGUAUGACUCCUCCCGGGCCCUCCAUGCCAUGUCAGCCAUAGCAGCCAUGCUAAGAGCUGCUCCCUCAGGAUUUGUCAGCGCCAUCUCCACUACCAGCAUCAACAACACCUACACUCCACAGCUUUCCUUGCUCCAAAACCUCCUAGCACGCCACAGGGUCUCUGUCAUGGGUAAAGACUUCUACUGCCCCAUCCCCCAGGACUCUCACUCCCACUCAUUCCGCAGCGCAAUGUACCUGGAGAUCAUCAUCUCACUUUGCCUCUAUUUCCUGAGGAGCUAUUACUCUGCCCACGUGGCCACGGGUGCUCAGGACCUGGCAGGAAACCGGGCCAUGCAGCUCACCAGCGUAGAGGUCCUGACUCUCCUCUUCAGUGAGCUAGCCAAAGUCACAGACGGUUCAGCUAAGGGUUUUGCCAGUUUCAUCAGCGACGUGCUGUCCAAGUGCAAAGUUCAAAAGGUUGUUCUACAUUGCUUGCUGUCUUCCAUCUUCAGUGCCCAGAAAUGGCACGAGCAGCGGAUGGCUGGAGUCAAUAUGGCCGCAGUUGAGGAAGGUCUGUCAGAGGACAGUGUUAUCAACCUGUCAGAGGACCAGAUCGACAGCUGCAGCGCCGUUCAAUCCCAGCUGCUGAGACUGCUGCAGAGCCUGGUGGUCCUUGAGCACAGAAUCCUGGUACCAGCUGACGAGGGAGGAGAAGGAGGGCCGGUGGGAGGAGGGUCGGGGGUUGGCGGGACAGGAAGCGGCUCCGGGGCAGGGUAUGAGCUCCUGGGCGGGGAGGUGGAGCAUGUCAAUCCUCAGCAACCAAUGACAUCGCUGCAGUAUCUACAUGGCCAGCCAAUCACGGCACAGGGUAUGUUCUUGUGUGCUGUCAUCAGGGCGCUGCAUCAGCACCAUGCAUGUAAAAUGCACCCACAGUGGAUAGGACUCAUCACAGCUACCCUGCCAUACAUGGGGAGGGUGCUGAGGAGGGUGGUGGCCUCAGUUACCCUGCAGCUGUGCAGGAACCUGGACAAUCUUCUCCAGCAGUACCGCUAUGAGACGGGCAUCACUGACACCAGACCUCAGUGGAUGGCACUCUGUAUUCCCCCUGACCUGAUCCUCACAGUGUUGGAGGGGGUGACAGCGAUCAUCCAUUACUGCUUACUGGAUCCCACUUCCCAGUACCACCAGUUGCAGGUGAGUGUUGAUCAGAAGCACCUGGCAGAGGCUCGUUCAGGCAUCCUGUCCAUCCUUCAUACCAUCAUGUCAUCUGUCACCCUGCUGUGGAGUGUCCUCUACCAGGCUGACAAUUCUGACAAACCUGCUACUGCCUCCGCUGCCUCCACCUCUAACAUCAACCUGGGCUCCACCAAGAACCUCCGUCAGCAGAUCCUGGAGCUGCUGGGUCCAAUCUCUAUGAACCAUGGCGCUCAUUUCAUGGCAGCUAUCGCCUAUGUCUGGAAUGAGAGGAAACAGGUCAAGACUCCAGUCAGGAAUAAGGUGAUUCCCACAGCCAGUGAAGAGCAGCUGCUUCUGGUUGAGCUGGUUCGUUCAGUGAGUGCAAUGCGGACCGAGACUGUCAUGCAGACAGUCAAAGAAGUUCUGAAGCAGCCGCCUGCCAUCGCAAAAGAAAAGAAGCAUCUCUCUUUAGAGGUCUGCAUGCUGCAGUUCUUCUAUGCCUAUGUUCAGAGGAUCCCUGUGUCCAGUUUGGUUGAUAGCUGGCCGUCUCUGCUGGCGCUGCUGAAGGACUCUGUUCAACUGGGAUUGCCUGCUCCUGGACAAUUCCUCAUACUGGGGGUUCUGAAUGAGUUCAUCUUGAAGAAUCCUAAUCUGGAGAGCAAGAAGGACCAGCGGGAGCUGCAGGAUGUGACACAUAAAGUGGUAGAAGCCAUUGGGACAAUUGCAGGCUCUUCUCUGGAACAAACCACAUGGCUGAGGAGGAACCUGGAGGUCAAAGCCUCUCCUCAGAUAGUUGUAGAUGGAGCCAAUCUGGAAGCUGAUGUAGAAGAUCUAAUGCUCACAGUGAUGGAGGCCUCAAGCUUCACUCCAUCAGUGUACAGUGUUCACGCUCUCACACUGCUGGCAGAGGUGCUGGCUCAUCUGCUGGACAUGGUGUUCUAUAGUGAUGAGAAGGAGCGGGUAAUCCCACUGCUGGUUAAUAUCAUGCACUACGUAGUGCCCUACCUCCGCAACCACAGUGCUCACAACGCCCCCAGCUACCGGGCCUGUAUCCAGCUGCUUAGCAGUCUGAGUGGGUACCAGUACACCCGCCGUGCCUGGAAGAAGGAGGCUUUCGACCUCUUCAUGGACCACACCUUCUUCCAGAUGGACUCCUCCUGUGUCAGCCACUGGAGAGCCAUCAUUGACCACUUGAUGACCCACGACAAGACUACAUUCAGAGACCUCAUGACGCGGGUGGCUGUCGCCCAGAGCAGCUCUCUGAGUCUGUUCACCAACCGGGACGCUGAGCUGGAGCAGAGGGCCAUGCUGCUCAAACGUCUGGCCUUCACCAUCUACAGCAGCGAGGUGGACCAGUACCAGAAGUAUCUACCGGACAUACAGGAGCGUCUGGUGGAGAGCCUGCGUCUGCCUCAGGUGCCCAUCCUCCAUGCUCAGGUGUUCCUAUUCUUCAGAGUGCUGCUGCUGCGCAUGUCGCCUCAACACCUCACCUCACUCUGGCCCACCAUGAUCACCGAACUGGUUCAGGUGUUUCUACUGAUGGAACAGGAGCUAACAGCAGAUGAGGACAUAUCAAGGACAUCAGGGCCAUCUGUGGCAGGGUUAGAGACCACCUACUCUGGAGGAAACGGUUUCUCCACCUCCUACAACAGCCAGCGCUGGCUCAACCUCUACCUGUCUGCCUGCAAGCUGUUGGACCUGGCCUUGGCCUUGCCAUCCGAGAGCCUGCCUCAGUUCCAGAUGUACCGCUGGGCCUUCAUCCCCGAGGCAUCAGAUGAUUCAGGCCUGGAAGUUCGACGGCAGGGGACUCACCAGAGAGAGUUUAAGCCCUAUGUCGUCCGGCUGGCCAAGCUGCUGAGGAAACGAGCAAAGAAAAACCCGGAGGAGGACUGCUCCAGCCGAACUCUGUCAUGGGAGCCAGGCCACCUGCUGCUGACCCUCUACGUGAUCCGCAGCAUGGAGCAGCUCCUGCCCUUCUUCAACCUGCUUAGCCAGGUCUUCAACAGCAAGGCUAGCAGCCGCUCAGGUCCCACCUACAGCCACACCACUGGAGACGCCGCCUUCCCAAGCCACAAGGACGGUCACAAGCUGGAGAGCCAGAAAGUCUUCUGGAGUCGAGCCCGUCAGAACAUUGAGGAGAUGGUGGAGAAAGACUUUCUAGAGGGCCUUAUUAAGACGUGA